AUGCGUCUUUCCGCAUCAGUUGCCCUUUUGGGGCUUGCUGUUUCACCAGCAUGGGCUCUUUGUCCAUAUGCUGAAAAGAUGGCACUUGAAAAAAAGAGUACAAUUCCUCAUCCGCACGCGCCCCGUGAGGUGUCCUCCUCUGGAAAGAAGGGCAUCUUCUACAUGAACCGAAUCGCACCUGGCACAUCAGAGUUAUACGUUGCCAAUCUCGACGGAACCAAUGAACGUCCUCUCCUAUCAAAUCCUAUCUACGAAUACCAUGCGGCGUUUUCCCCCGACGGCCAAUGGGUUACCUUUACCGGAGAGCGCAACGGUGAUGGAAACUCAGAUAUAUACCGUGUGAGAACCAAUGGUUCCGACCUCGAGGAAUUGGAGGCGACUUCCUCAAUCGAAGAUGGAGCAGUAAUGUCACCGAAUGGAAAGCAAGUUGCCUACGUUUCCACUGCCAAUGGAUACAAGGCGAAUAUCUGGGUCAUGGACUUGGAGACUGGUCACAAAUGGAAUCUCACGGAUACAGUCUCAACCGCUGCCAACGCCUCGCUACCGAACGGUUACUUCCGCCCCUCGUGGUCUCCCGAUGGACAAUGGAUCGCCUUCUCGUCAGAUCGAAACUCGGGGUGGUACGGACACGGAGAUCCUGUUUUCAUGGGUGUUUCAGGAUGGGAACACACACAGGAGCUGUCCAUUUACGCUAUUCGCCCCAACGGCUCGGACUUCCGUCGUGUUGUGUCGAAGUCCGGAUAUUGUCUUGGCUCGCCAAAGUGGUCACCCAACGGAAAGCGUAUCCUCUACUACGAGAUGACCCGCGAGAAUACUUGGAACUCCCACCGUCCUGAAUCAAUCAAUACGUCUAACUCCACUUUGGUUUCGGUGGACUUCGCCUCUGGCGCUGGCCGACGUGUUGAAGUUGCAGGAUCCGGUGUCAAGAUCUUCCCUCAAUAUAUCUCUGACAGCACCAUUGGCUGGUUCGCCAAGGGAUCUGGCAAAGAAGGACUCCACACCUCUGCUGGUGGAUUUGUCAACACUUCCAGCUCGACUAUUCGCUCUCCAGCCUGGUCCCCAGAUGGCAAGCAGGUUGUCUACGAGAAGACAAGCUGGGAUGUUGUUCGCCCGAUGGACAAGAAAUUGUACAGCUGGGAUGAGGACUGGGAGUACCGUUUUACCGAUGUAUUCCCACAGCUUUCAAACACAAACAAGAUCGCCAUGACCGAGAAACAGCUGGGAAAUUCCUCGAUUGUCUCCCUCAGCGCAAACGGCACGAAUGAACAUCUUGUCUACGACGACCUGAAAUCCGAUUUCCUCGACGCAUCAUCCGUCGCCAUGGGCACAGCAGGUGCAUUUAACCCGGGCUGGUCUCCAGAUGGAAAAUGGGUUACUUUCGGUGUAGGUUUCUGGUUCCAGUCCCGCGCAACUGGAGGCGGAUGGUUAGUUCGCGCAACCGCGAACGGCUCCUACUCCGAGGUCCUGACCGAAAGUGAAACCACCCUUGAAAGCAACAGCAGUGUCAUCAACUCCGGAUUCCCCAGUUACUCACACGAUGGUAAGAAGAUCAUCUUCCGCGUGUGGGGAGCAAACUCCACCCUCGGCGACAGAUCCCAGCUCGGUCUCCGUCUUCUUGAUCUGGACACUCGCAAGAUUUCUGUCCUAACAAACGAGUGGGAUAAUUUGCCUUCCUUCUCGCCUGACGGUGAAAGAAUUGUCUUCACUAGGAAAGUCAGCGAUUACAACUAUGAUGUCUGUACCAUGCGGUCGGAUGGGACAGAUUUGAAGGUCCUUACGAGCAGUGGUGCAAAUGAUGCCCAUGCUGUCUGGACUUGGGACGGCCGCAUCGCUUACUCCUCUGGCAUGUUCGGCUUCCAAUAUGAGUGUGCGCUCUACGACCAGACGUUCCAGCCUUAUGGUCAAGUCGUUGUGAUGGAUGUUGAUGGAUCAAAUAAGCGUGUACUCACCGACUCUAUCUGGGAGGACUCUAUGCCCAUGUUUGUGCCAAAUAGCAAAUUCAGAAGCAAUUGA